GGACUUGGUCUCCCUGAAUCGUGUGAAAUUCAAGUUCGGUUAUUUGAGGGCAAGGCACUUAGAUUAUCUUUGGAAGAAUCCCCAUUUUGUAGUAUUGGAAGUGAAGCAGAUGUCCUACCUUAUUAUGAGAUAUCCGGUAUGUAUGUUUGGCUAUUGUGAAAUCAAACGGCGAAUACUAGUUAGUCUUGUAACUCUUGUUCCCGCCAUAUCAAUUUCGCGGAGAUUUAUAUGUAUGCUAGCUUCGAUACAUCUAUUGUUCAAUGCUUUUCGACUACCGGGUGUCCCAAAAAAAACUUGCGGUGUUUGAUUUCAUGUAAGGUAAAAACUAUAAAAGCUAUUACACUCAGUUUUAUUGUAUUGAGGAAAGGCUAACUUAGAUUUUGAUAUACAGCCCUAAAAAUUUCAUGUAAUAUUAUGUGAGCUGCAAACGUUUCAAUGUGGCGCACGCUUUAAAAAUUAGCAAAAAAAUCAAGAAACAUGGCUGAUUAAAUUUAUAUGAAAACAAAUUGCCAUUUUCCACAAAAAUUAACAAUUUCAACUCAACUUUGAUUUCGGGUAAUGUCCUAGUGUAAGUUAACCUUUUGUGUUUCUUGGGAAGCAAAAUAAGCAUGAAACAUUUAAAAACUCAUUCGAAAGCAUAUUUGACGUCCUUUGAGAGUUCAUAUUAUAAAGUUGGUCGUCGUUCGCCUUUCGAAUAUGCCUUGAUUAACAAAAGAUCAAAUAGUUUGGGUUCUAAGGUUUAUCCAACAAUUAUGUUUUUCAUUCGUUCUUUUGGCCACAAUAAAACUAUAUAAUCAACUUUAACCAAAUAAUAUUUGAUAGGCAAUUUUAUGCAAAUUUUUAACAUUGUCAAAUAUGCUUAUUCGAUUUAAAACAUCGAGAUAUCAGUGAAUAUUGCACGGAUAUUCAAGUGUUAUAUAUCAAAAUCUAAGUUAACCCUUUCUGAAUACAAUAUAACUUAUUUGAGUGAAAUAGCUUUUAUAGUUUUUAUGUUACAUUAAAUCAAACAGCGCAAGUUUUUUUUGGGACACCCGGUAUAUAAAUUUCAAAUCCUGCAAUAUGUGGAAUAACUACAUAUCUGUAAAUAGAUAUUACAGAUAAUUAGAUAUUAAUUAUAGUUAUAAACUGCGAAUAUAUACUUAAAAAAUAAAACUCACUUCAACUCACAAGCGUUUGAUAACUUCAAAUAUAACCAGCAAAUUUACAUAUUGCUUGUUGUAAAUCAGUUUCGAUGUUUAAUAACUCUUACAAUCACAAUCACAUUUUAUUAAAUUUAAACAUAACAAAUAAAAUACAGUACUAUACACAAAAUAGCAAAGCUAAUCGAGGUGUUACAUGAAUAAUAACUUAUCUUAAUGUAUUACUACUAUUACAGCAUGCAUUUUUCGUUUAAAGGUGAACUGGAUGCUGGUGAAACGCUGAGGAACGUGAUCCUUAUCCAAGAAAAGUACAUGGCGGAAAAUUUUCCAUCAACAUUAUUGGUCUUGGGUGGGGUGGGGUUGGCAGUGCAUUACGUACGUAGGGUUGGCAGUGCAUUACGAACAGCUUUCAAAAUUGUUAGUGGAGUUCCAUUGAUAAUGGCUUAUGGAAAACCAGUAUCAGGAAAAUCAACUGCCAUAAAGCUGCAAUGGCUGUAA